UGGCUUGUGGUGUCUUCCACUUUCGAUAUUUUAGCUUACUGUUGCCAAAAUGUUUCUACCACCUCCUCACAAGCUUUUCCCUUUUUUUCUUGUAUUUUUAAACCUUGUAGACACAAAAGAUGAACCAGUUUUUGUCAAGAACAACGAAGACAUCUGCCUUGAGGAUGUAGAUCCCGGACCAUGCCAAUACUAUCAAGUACAAUGGUUUUGGGACAAGCAGGUAGAAGAGUGCAAAGAGUUUCAUUAUGGAGGAUGUAUGGGCACUAAAAAUCGAUUUUCAUCAAAACAACAAUGUGUGAAACAGUGCAAGUACAAAAUGUUCAAUCCAGUUGCAGUACCAGAUCUUUGUUUAUUGGAUGCUGAUCAAGGUCAUUGUGGUGAUGAACGGAAUGGUCAUUGGUGGUACUUUUUUAAUCAGGAAUCAGGAGAAUGCGAAAAAUUCUUCUAUUAUGGAUGUGGAGGAAAUGAUAACAAGUUUUACAGUCUACAUAUGUGCCGAAAAGUUUGUGGAGAAAGACUUUCGCCACAAAUAGCAUGUGAUCAUUGCGACUUGCGAACUUCUUUUUGCAAAUCGAACUCAAAGUUCAAUUAUACUUGUGAAUGUCGGAGUGGAUAUGAAAAAAAUCAAUAUGGAGAAUGCAUUGAUAUUGAUGAAUGCCGUGGCUACAAAGCAGUCUGUGAUCGGAAUGCUUGGUGUGUAAAUGAAAUAGGUUCCUAUAAAUGUGAAUGUAUGGCUUCUUAUCGAGGAGAUGGAAAACAUUGUACAUAUGUUGGUUUAGGAAGAUCAUCAAUUGAUUGCAAGGAUUGUUCGAUGCAUGCCACGUGUAUGAACGGAGUGUGUCAAUGCAAAGAAGGAUAUGAAGGAGAUGGAUUUAAUUGCACAGAUGUGAAUGAAUGUCUUCGGCGUCCAGAAAUGUGUAAUAAAAAUGCAGAAUGUAUCAAUAGAGAAGGAAGUUUUAUAUGUACUUGUCUAGAAGGAUACGCAGGAAAUGGAUAUAACUGUACAGUUUCUAAAAAUUCUUGUCUGGAUAAAUUUGAUCACGACUAUAAGGACACAUGCGGUAAUGAAAAUUGGAGGCCGCAUUUCUUCUUCAAUCAUCAAACCAGAAUGUGUGAACAAUUUUGGUAUGACGGUUGUCGUGGACGUUCGCGGAAUAUUUUCUCUGAAUAUGAUACGUGUACAACAAUGUGCGAAGAGACAAAUGUGCUAACACGAGCCGAAGUUUGCUGGGACAAAUUUGAUAUGAACUACCGGAAUCAAUGCAUGAAUGGCCAGUGGCAACAACGUUACUACUUCGACCAUGCUUCAUUGACAUGCCGUCAAUUUUGGUUCGAUGGAUGCCGUUCGGAUUCCAGAAACAUCUUCGAUGACGAACUGACGUGCCAGUGGCUUUGUGAAUCUCAACCAAUGUAUAAAUCCAGAUCAUGUUUGGAAGAUUUUGAUGAAGGUUUGAAGAAGGAGUGCAAUGGAGGAAGAUGGCGUCAUCAAUGGUAUUUUGAUAAAGGCUCAAAGAAAUGUUUCUCGUUCUGGUAUGACGGCUGCAAAGGUGCAAAUGAGAACAUAUUUCAAGAUGAAUUGUCGUGUCUGCAUACUUGCGAAAAUCCUGCAAAGAAAGAUCCUAAAAAACCUUGGCACAACAACGACAAGUUUAAAAUGAAAGAGAUAAUCGGCGAUAUUUACAAACCUAAUCUGACGGAUACCUGUCUUGCGAAGAAUCCAUGCAAAAAUAACGGUACAUGCAUUUUUGUUUGGAAAAAAGAUACACACUACUGCAAAUGUCAACCUGGUUUUCAUGGAAACAACUGUGACAAGGUUGUUGAUUAUGAUCCUUGCGCCGAAAAACCCUGUUUGAACGGUGCUACGUGUCAAAUUAAAUACAACGAUGACGACGUAGAUGAGAAACCAACGUUUGAAUGUUUCUGUGCUGCUGGAUUCGGAGGACCAAAAUGUGAUCAGAGACCAUGUGAAUCAAAUCCUUGUCUGAAUAAUGGAACAUGUCGUACCACAAAAGGGUACAGUACCUAUUUCUGUGAAUGCGCAAAUGGUUUCGGUGGAAAGAACUGUGACGUCUCAAUCGGCAACACGCCUCCAGAAGAGAAAUUUGGAAAAAAUGUAGAACAGAUUUCUAGCGGAAAGGAAGAGUGGAUUGCACAAAUGCGACAAAGAUUAAAAGAAACCGGUGGUGGAAUUGGUGGAGCGUCUGGAUCUGGAUUGAAAUCAGAAAAUGGAACAAUGGGAGGAUCUUCUGGAGAGAAAUCAGGAGAAAAGAAAUCAGGAAAAAAUAAAAAGAGCAAAGCCACUCAGGUCGCAGAUGAACCAUAUAAAGAUCCAGCAACACGAAAACGAGAACGUGAAGAACGAGAAAAGAAAGAAGCUGAAAUACAGGCAGCAGAAGAAGAAGAAAAACAGAGAAAAGAGUAUGAAGAAGACGCUCAACGAAAAAAAGCUGAAGAAAUGGAAUUAGAAGCUAAAAAGGCAUUAGAAGCAGCAAAUUUUGGAUUAAAAACUGAUUUUUCGAUGUCCCUGCUUACAAUUCUAAUGGCAUUUGUGCUCCGAGAGUUUUAAGACAACUUAUUUGAUAUUGGUGCCUUUUUUGAAUAUCAAACCAUUUUAUUUAAUAGUUUAGGCUUAGCAUUCACAUUAUUUUUUAAAUCAAUAUUUUGUUCACAAGCACAAACUGCCCUCACCCUUUGAAAUCAACCUUUUAACUAUCAAUUUGUAUUACGUGUAAAUCCCAACAUAUUUGGAUUUUCAAAAACAUUUUUUCCAUUCACUCUAGCUUGUCACAUGCACUAUUUUUUGUUGAUUUUUUAAAAUACAUAUUUUGCAGAAAAAUAGU